UUCCUCCUCCGAUUUGCUUUCAAUUAUAUCUCAGAAAAUGGGAGGAAGGAGAACUCAAACUGAUUCAGGAAGCAGAUCAUCAAGCUCAUCCAUUUUACAAGAUGAUCAAGAAGGCUUAUCAUCUUCCUCAUCAAAAGCACAGCUACUUUUCAACAACGCGCCAAUUGUCUCAUCCUACAACGACAAAAUUCGCCCUAUGCUUGAUGCCAUUGACAAGCUCCGCAUCCUCAUGGUUAUGGAGGAAGGCAUCCAGCUGCCCACCAUUGUUGUUGUGGGAGACCAGUCAUCUGGCAAAUCCAGUGUUCUUGAGUCCCUUGCCGGCAUCAGCCUGCCGCGUGGACAAGGUAUCUGCACAAGGGUUCCUCUCGUAAUGAGGCUUCAGCACCACUCUGAUCCUCAACCAGAGCUUUCACUGGAGUACAAUGGCAGAGUUGAGCACACUGAUGAGGACAAAGUUUCUGAAGACAUUGUGAAUGCCACUAAUCUGAUUGCAGGACACAAGAAGGGAAUUUCAGACACCCCAUUGACCUUGUUGGUGAAGAAGAAUGGUGUGCCUGAUUUGACCAUGGUUGACCUCCCUGGAAUUACUAGAGUUCCAGUUCAUGGCCAGCCUGAGAAUAUCUAUGAUCAAAUCAAAGAUAUGAUCAUGAAGUAUAUAAAACCAGAUGAGAGCAUCAUUUUGAAUGUUUUAUCUGCUUCUACAAGCCAAGACCUUGUUUUCUCCUUGAAAUUUUCUUUGCUUUCUUUUACAAAAUCAUAG